GUGGCAGCAGUCAGUAAACAAGCAGAAUCAGCUUCAGCUUCUCCUUUGUGGAACAACUGAGGAUAGACCACUGCAAACAUGAAGGUCACCUUUUUCGAGGACAGGAACUUCCAGGGUCGCUCUUAUGAGUGUAUGGGUGACUGUGGUGACUUCUCCUCCUACAUGAGCCGCUGUCACUCUUGCAGAGUGGACAGUGGUUGCUGGAUGAUGUACGAUCAGCCCAACUACAUGGGAAGUGGAUAUUUCUUCAGGAGGGGAGAGUAUGCUGAUUACAUGUCUAUGUUUGGAAUGAACAACUGCAUCAGGUCCUGCCGUAUGAUUCCCAUGCACAGGGGAUCCUACAGAAUGAGGAUCUACGAGAGGGACAACUUCAUGGGUCAGAUGUACGAGAUGAUGGAUGACUGUGACAACAUCAUGGACCGUUACCGCAUGUCUCACUGCCAGUCCUGCCAUGUGAUGGACGGCCACUGGCUCUUUUAUGACCAGCCUAACUACAGAGGCAGAAUGUGGCACUUCGGGCCUGGACAGUACAGGAACUUCAGCAAUUAUGGUGGCAUGAGGUUCAUGAGCAUGAGGCGUAUCAUGGACUCCUGGUACUAGUGUUUUAGUGUUUCUAUCAAUAAAAUAACUUCUAGAAUGAUAAA